AACAACUACUUCUUCUAUUAAGUGAAAUUAUCAAUUCUACUGUGAAUUAAGCUUACACAUUUCACUGUGAAUUAAGCUAACACUCUUCGAAAGUCAGUUUUCUGCAAAGGCAUUGUCUGUGUUUUUUAAGUUUUUGAAAAUAAAGUCUUCCGGUUCAGUUAAUCAAUUAAAUAAUUACAAUGGUUCGUCAAUUAGUCAAAGCUAUGAAGAUGAAGGCCGUGAAAAAUCGCCUGUCUUGUAUCAUGAAAAGAGUUUAAAUAACAACCACUUGUUGGAUUUGAAUGAUAAUUAUAAAUUAUCUAUUGAAAAAGUUGCUGAACUAUAUUCAGUAGAUUUAACAAUUGGUUUAACUGAUUCUCAAUAUCAAAGUAAUAAAACUAAAUAUGGUCCUAAUAAUUUAGGAGCUGAACAUAAAAUCUCUAUAUCGAAGAUUUUAGCUCAUCAAAUUUUUAAUGCUAUGGUUAUAGUGUUAAUAAUUUCCAUGGUUAUUGCUUUAGCAAUUAAGGAUUGGAUUUCUGGUGGUGUUAUUGGAUUUGUAAUUUUUAUUAAUAUAUUUGUGGGAUUUAUUCAAGAAUAUAAGGCUGAAUUAACUAUGGGAUCUUUAAAAUCUUUAAGUUCUCCAACAGCUACAGUAUUAAGAAAUGGUGAUAAAAUUACUAUUAAUGCUGAAGAUGUUGUACCUGGAGAUGUAAUUUAUAUUGCUGUUGGUGAUACAAUUCCUGCUGAUUUAAGAUUAAUAGAUUCAACAAAUUUAGAAACGGAUGAAGCUUUAUUAACUGGAGAAUCUUUACCAAUAGUAAAGGAUCAUUUACAAAUAUAUUAUGAAGAUAUUCCUGUUGGUGAUAGAUUAAAUAUGGCUUUCAGUUCUUCUGUUGUAGCAAAAGGUAGAGGUACAGGUAUUGCUGUUUCUACUGGUUUAAAUACAGAAAUUGGUCAAAUUGCUGAUUCAUUAAAGAAUGGUGAUGAUAAAUUAAUUGUUAAGGUUGAUGAUAAAAAUAAUCAUUUAAAAGCUAUAUUAAAAUCUACUUCUAAUAUUAUUAUGAAUGUUUUGGGUACAAAUGUAGGAACUCCUUUACAAAGAAGAUUAUCUUGGUUAGCUAUUAUCUUAUUUUGGGUUGCGGUUUUAUUUGCUAUAGUCGUUAUGGCUUCACAAAAGAUGAUUGUCAAUAAAAAUGUAGCAAUUUAUGCUAUUUGUGUUGCCUUAUCAAUGAUUCCUUCAUCUUUAAUUGUUGUCUUAACAAUUACAAUGGCUAUUGGAGCUCAAGUAAUGGUUACAAAACAUGUUAUUGUAAAGAAAUUAGAUUCAUUAGAAGCUUUAGGAGGUAUAAAUGAUAUUUGUUCAGAUAAAACUGGUACAUUAACUUUAGGUAAAAUGAUUGUUAGAAAAGUUUGGAUUCCAACUACUGGAGUUUAUGUGGUUUCAAAUUCAAAUGAACCAUUUAAUCCUACUGUGGGUGAAAUUUCUUUUAAUUCAUUAAGUCCAAAAGAAGUUUGUGAUCUUGAUGAUGAAGUUGAUUAUAUUGCUCAUUUACAAGAUCCCUUACCUAAUUUAUUUCAAAAAUGGAUUUUAUGUGCUACAUUAGCCAAUAUCUCAACUGUUAAGCAAGUUCCGAUUGCAAAUUCUGAUUCUGAAAUGGAAUGGAUUGCUCAUGGUGAUGCUACGGAAAUUGCCAUUCAUGUAUUCACUUCUAGAUUAGGUUUUGAUCGUGAUGAAUUGAUCAAUGAACAAGGUUUGGAACAUAUAUCUGAAUUUCCCUUUGAUUCUUCUAUUAAGAGAAUGUCUUCAAUUUAUAAAUCUUCAAAAACUUCUACUGUAUACACCAAAGGAGCAGUUGAAAGGAUUUUAGAAAUCUGUAAUUAUUGGUAUAAAGGUGAUGAAAUGUUACCCUUAACUGAACAAGAUAAAAUUUUAAUUGAAGAAAAUAUGACUUCGUUAUCAUCAGAAGGUUUGAGAGUCUUAGCCUUUGCCAAACGAGAUAUUAAUUUAGAAAAGGAGAAUUAUAAUAAUCGAGAACAAGUAGAAUCUAAUUUGAUUUUCUUGGGUUUAGUAGGUAUUUAUGAUCCUCCUAGACCAGAAUCUGCUCCAUCAGUAAAGAUUUGUCAUAAGGCAGGAAUAAAUGUUCAUAUGUUAACUGGAGAUCAUCCUGGUACUGCUAAGGCUAUAGCUAAAGAAGUUGGAAUUAUUCCUCUGAAUCUUUAUCAUUAUAGUAAAGAAGUUGUUGAUGUAAUGGUAAUGACCGCAACUGAUUUUGAUAAAUUGAGUGAUGAAGAAAUUGAUAAAUUACCAGUAUUACCCUUAGUUAUUGCUAGAUGUGCACCUCGAACUAAAGUUAGAAUGAUAGAAGCUUUACAUCGAAGAAGCAAGUUCGUAGCUAUGACGGGUGAUGGUGUCAAUGAUUCACCUUCUUUGAAGAAAGCUGAUGUAGGUAUAGCUAUGGGACUUAAUGGUUCUGAUGUAGCUAAAGAUACUUCUGAUAUUCUUUUGACAGAUGAUAAUUUUGCUUCAAUUGUUAAUGCUAUAGAAGAAGGUAGAAGAAUGUCAUCUAAUAUUCAAAAGUUUGUUUUACAAUUGUUAGCUGAAAAUGUUGCACAGGCCAUUUAUUUGAUGGUUGGAUUAGUAUUCAUGGAUAAUGAUGGAUUCUCAGUAUUUCCAUUAUCACCUGUUGAAGUAUUAUGGAUUAUCGUAAUUACUUCAUGUUUCCCAGCCAUGGGUUUAGGGCAAGAAAAGGCUAGUGAUGAUAUUUUAGAUACACCACCUAAUAAAACAAUCUUUACCAAAGAAGUCUUAAUUGAUAUGUGCUUCUAUGGAAUUUGGAUGGCUAUCUGUUGUUUAUGUUGUUUCAUUUCUCUUGUAUUUGGAAUGAAGGAUGGGAAUUUGGGUACAGGUUGUAAUACUCUGAGUGGUUCCAAUUGUACUACUGUAUUCCAAAGUAGAUCUGCUGCUUUUGCUGCUUUUACAUGGUGUGCCAUCAUUUUAUCAUGGGAAUGUAUUCAUAUGAAACUUUCCUUCUUCAAAAUGAGACCCGAAUCUGAAAUUAUUUGGUAUAAACAAUUAGCUAUUGAUUUAUGGGAUAAUCAAUUCUUAUUUUGGUCGGUGAUUGGAGGAGUAUUAUCCGUGUUUCCAGUUGUUUAUAUUCCUGUAAUCAAUAAGAUUGUAUUCUUACAUGAUCCAAUUACUUAUGAAUGGGGGUUUUCGGUGGCUUUCACAGUAGCAUUCUUUGCUGGUUGUGAGUUAUGGAAAUGGUUCAAAAGAGUAUACUUCAGAAGUGUUAGGGCAAACAAUCCCGAAUACGAAUUAGAAAGAAGUGAUCCGUUCCAGAAAUAUGCUUCGUUCUCAAGAUCUAACACUGUCGAAGUUUAGCUUAAGUUCAAGCUUAUUUUUUUUAUAUAUAUGAUUUUUAAUUUUACUCUAGCAAAUUAACCUAAAAUAGAUUUUAUUUGCCAAUAUCUGAAACAUCCUUGUUUUCGUUUUAUAUGUUUCUUAUAUUAUACUCUCUCUCUAUUAUUUAAAAAAAUAUACGAUGUAAAUUCGUUAUAGGUUAUCAAAAUAUCCUCAGUUUGUGACAUGCAACUUCAUUUAUUGGAGCCAUUUAAUCCUCUUAAUGAG